AUGUCUCAAUUACCAUCCCGCCAACAACACCAUCCCGAUCACCCUCCUAAUAACAAUUACCAUCAUCAACAGCUUCAGCCAUACCCCAUCAAUCUUCCUGUCGCCCUACCCCACCCACUCCUGCAACCUGCACCGCUGCAGGCCUCCUCCUCCUCCUCCUCAUCAUCAUCAUACCAUCUCCAGCAACACACAACUCCCGAAUUGCCGCCUUCUACCAAACCUCCGAAGAAGUCUGGCUCUCGGAGCGCCGUGGCCUGCAAUCUAUGUCGGGCUCAAAAGAUGAAAUGCGAGGGCCCGUCCUGUCAACCGUGCAAAAGGUGUCAACGGCUCAAACAGCCCUGUGUGUUUGGGGAAAGUCAGGGGAGAGGUCGACAAAUCGUAUGGGCCAAACGGACCGAAGAGCUCGAGGCUCGAGUCUCCAAACUUGAAGAAGAGCUCUCAGAAACCAAAGCUCGAGUCUGCCGAGUAGAAGCUUGUGUUGCCAACCUUCAAACUACAUCCAAACAGCACCCAAGAAAGCGCAAGCCUUCAGCCGACACUCCAGUACAAGAUGAACCUCAGCCAAGCCAGUCAGCAAGGACAUCGAUGGUCGAAGGCCCUCCAACUAGUAAGGCCAUUCAAGCCGCCCAGUUUGGUCCUCGGAGGUCGGAUCUGAUUGAGCGGGGAAUGCUUAGCCCCGAGAUGGCGAGACGGUUGUUCGAGAUUCAUCAAACCCGCUGGGCACCCCAGAUCCCCUGGUUGAAUAUCCCCGACACGUUUGAGAACGUGAGAUGGCACUCGCCAUUAAUGUUAGCCGUUGCUUGCAGUGCGGGGGCAAAGGGAGAUGGAGAUGUUGACACCUACCAAAAGAUGAAAGCCCACGCCAUCGAGCUGAUUAUCGAUGUAGUAUUCUAUCGAGUGUUUGCUCACGACCGACCGCAAUCAUACCAAGAUCUGAUCGCGGUGAUCGGAUGCAUCAUCCAUUGCGGGCUGUAUAUCGACCCGGUCUUGGUCGUCGACCAUGCGGAAUAUCUUCGACUCAGGGAUGUCUUCGACCGGAUCCCCGAACCUCGCUGGCAGUCUGAGUUCGACCAGCGCCAGUUGUUAUCCGUUGCCCGGACAUUCAUCGGCGUCUACAUCCAUUCUGUUCUUUAUAGUACAUUAACAGGUAAACCAUGUGUGAUGCGGAUUAAAAAAUCAAUCUUGAUUUCCUACUGCAGCAUCAUUUGCAACUCGCCAUAUAGCGCUCCAGAAUGGGAUGGUAACUUGGUAUACUUCGUGAAAUACUAUGCGAUCAUGCAGGAGGCUCAAGAACACCUGGACAGUCAUUAUCGAUUAGGCUCAAUCAAGAUUUCUGAACGGCUUGCCGUUGUCGAAAAAUAUGCCGCCUUGGUCAACCACUGGAAACAAGAUCUUGAUCGUACCAAUCACAAUCUUCUCCCGGAUGCGGCCAGUGAAUUCAAACACCUAUACCAUCGAGCAUUCGCGUAUUUGACAUGCUUCGUAACUCAAGACUUAAGGACAGGCAAAUCCUUGCGUGCCAACAAGCAAGGACUCAGGUUUGCCAAGGAAGGGGUCGCACAUGCACUGGAAGUUCUGAAGCAAUUCAUUGAUUCCAGAAAAGCUGAACGCGGAGUGCCCUGCGUUCAUCUAGAAUACAGAAAGUCUACAAUUUCCAUUGCAACCGCCUGUAUCCUCGAAGGCUGCGUGUUGAUACCCGAGCAUAUCGAUUUUGAUCACUGUCGAGAAAUUAUCAAGACAUUCGCGCUCGAGGUGGAGGCCGAAGGAGGUGGAUGGGGGAUCGGAACGGAGGAUAAAUAUGUGACGACGUUGAAGGUGCUUUUGAAAGAUUUAGAUAGCCGAGCGAGUCCCCAGUCAGCAAUCACGCGUCAGAACGAGCUUGAAUUAGACUCAAUACCCGAACCAGGCCCCCCGUCCGUGGGGACCAAUGAAGUCCCAUCUUCUUUACCUUCGCCGCUUGAAAUGACUAGCUCGACUGGAUUCCCAGACCCUUCUUCAGCUCUUGAAAAUCUUGAAUUGAUUAAUGAUACCGCAUCCCAUGGUAGUAUGCCCCAAGACACCAGCCAGAGUGGACAACUGUAUGGAGACGGGCUCUCAGAAAACACUCAAUUAUGGGCAAACAUGAUCAACAUGCCCAUUCGAUCAGAAACACCGCCGACCUCGUUUAUCAGCUAUGCCCCAUCACUGCCGUCUCUCACACACGAUCGAAUGGAAGGACUGAAGAUGGCUUGGUUUGAAGAUCAAAAGUCUUACAACAGUUUGGACUACGAGCCCAGCGUGCAGGUGAUCGAGCAGGGCUCCAAGGUGGGCUUCCCUGGUGAGGAGCGUCCCCAUGUAAGGGUGGAUGGGACGAGCGGAUGUUGGAAGCCAGAGUCAUCCCAGCUUUCUUACCCAAACUCCAGCUCGAUGAGCUACCCGGAAGAGCCCAGGAUGGAUCCCGAGACUGAUGGGGAUCGUCGACAGACGUUCGAUCAGUCCCCCUCCAUUCCCGUCCCCUCUCAUCUCCCUCACCAUUACCAUCAGCUUCCUCAGGACGGGACGGAAUCAGCUUCGAGCUUCACCCAUUCUAACUUGUCCACUUUCACCCUCAAUCAAUCCCACGCUCAGGCCUCCCAUUCAUUCCUCAUCCAUCAUCCUCAUGCCCCUCAUCAAGUCCCUGAAGAAACUUUCGACUUGAUUCAGUCCUUGAGGACCGUCUAUCCCGACCGGAUGGUCCAAACCACAUUCCAAAAACAAUCUUGA